UCUAAUCUCCAGCACUGAGCAGCAAUGCCAUCAGCGAUGGAGGGCUCAGAAGGGGGAGAAGAAGGGGAAAUCUUGCGCUAUGAGGAAACAGAAGACGACAAUGUUAGUCCCACCGACCUUUCAGAGCUGCUGAAGGAGGGGACUAAGGAAUCCCAUGACCGUGCGGAGAACACCCAGUUUGUCAAAGACUUCCUGAAAGGACGGAUCAAGAAGGAGCUCUUCAAGCUGGCCACCGUGGCACUUUACUUCACCUACUCUGCUCUGGAAGAGGAAAUGGAUCGCAACAAGGACAACCCAGUCUUUGCUCCUCUGUAUUUCCCCCUAGAGCUUCACCGGAGAGAAGCGUUGGUCAAAGACCUGAAAUAUUUCUAUGGAGAAGACUGGAAAGAGAAGAUCCAGUGUUCAGAGGCGACUCAGCACUAUGUGGACAGAAUCCAUCAUGUGGGACAGCACGAGCCGGAGCUGCUGGUGGCUCAUGCUUACACACGCUACAUGGGGGACCUCUCAGGUGGCCAAGUGCUGAGGAAGGUAGCCCAGAGGGCCCUGAAGUUGCCCAGUACUGAGGAAGGGAUCCAAUUCUACAUGUUUGACAACAUUUCCAAUGCACAGCAGUUCAAGCAGCUCUACAGAGCGAGGAUGAAUGCUCUGGACUUGGACAAGAACAGCAAGGAAAGGAUCGUGGAAGAGGCCAACCGAGCCUUCAGAUUUAACAUGCAGGUAUUUGAUGAACUGGACAAGAUUGGCAGGUCGCUGGCAGAAGAAGCCCAAGACGGAGGCCUUCCAGUCCAUGAUGGAAAAGGAGACCUACGCAAAUGCCCUUACUAUGCAGACAAACUAGGCAAGGCCGGGCCCGGCUGCCCUUGUCACGCCGCCGUGGCCCUGGCAAAGCAGCCCCUAGUGCAGCUGAUCCUGGCAGCCUGCGUGGCUGUGGCAGCAGGAGCUGCAGCCUGGUACAUCAUGUGACGGGGAGAGCGGCGCCUGGCUCUCGAUGGCGGCAAGGGGAGAGGCGCACCCUGUCCUUCAGACUCUUCCCUUGCUGUUGGUGGUGAGUUGACUGCAGGGUGGGAGUAAGAAAAUAAACAGGAAUCCUGU